UGCAACAUCACAUCCUCGGUCCUUCGCACCCCCAAUGCCACCUCCAACCAACCUUGUGGCCUUGCUAGAUGCAAUCAACGAUAUCUAGUAAAUUUGACUGCAGCUGCCACCGGUGAUGAUCUACACGGCACAUGCCUUGAGGGUUGAAUGGAGUCAGCUUGAACCAAAUAACCAACUGGGUUCCUGUCCGUCUUCGAAUUCUGUGAGGACACCAGGUCGCCAGGUGCAUGCUUGUCCUCCCUCGAAUUAAGGCCGAUUGCUAUCCCACCACUCCGGUUCUCGAAGCGUCUUUUGAGCAUGUACCAAAGAAUCGACCUAUACAUCGUUACUUAACUUGUAUCAGCCCUACGAAGACACUCCUAGUCGCUGCUUCAAUCUUACUUAUAGCCGCGAUAGCUACUUUGAUCUCACGACAAACAACCCCACCAUAACAUUCCGCUAGUUCAAGAUGUCGUCCCCCUCGUCAACGACAUCAUCUCCAAACCCGACCAACUCAGACCACAGUGGAAGUGACAGUGGCUCAAGCCCUACAAGCUCACCUCUGUUGUUCUUCGUGGCUCUCGGAUUUGGAGUUGUGUUCACUAAUCUCUGGUAUGUGCCCUGCCAACUCUUUCAUGAAUAGUUUGGGUUCUAAACUUUUGGUGAAGGAUCAUCGUUGGAGUGAAAUAUUGUUUUCGCUACAAUCAACGCAAUCGCCAGCUACGCAAUGAGGAGACCGGCGAACCUAUAGACUUGGUGGCCAUACCUAGGCCGCACAGGCGAAGAAGGGAGAAGAAGUUAAUGACCAUGGAUGAAGUUAAUGAUCGGUUUCCAUUAAUCAAGUAUAAAGCGUGGAGGUCUUCACGCGCCGAUGAUGGCCUUCCAACAGCAGGUGGCAUAUCGGCAUGGAGUAACACAUCUCAGAGCCUAAAGGAAGGUGAUAUUAAAUUAUCGGUCACUGCAGGUGUGCCAUGCUCCGAGAUUAACCCGGAAGAGAGCCGCCACGAUUUGUCCGCUUCACAGUCUGCCCUUGCAAAGUUUACGGAGCUGAAACAGCCUCGCCAAGAAGACAAAACGGAAAAUGACCUGCAGGCUACAGGGCAGGAAAUCUCCGAUCCCAGUACAAGACCGAAUGUCAUCAACGCAGAGGCACCAGGGUACGAAAAUAAUUCUGAAUGUCGUGGCCAUGACAUAGAGAACCAAAUAUGCACUUCAGCGCCCGUCGAGCUUUUACCUGACCCCGGCGACUCAUGUGCGAUUUGCCUUGACGUGAUUGAGGAGGAUGACGACAUACGUGGGCUGACGUGCGGGCAUGCUUUUCACGCCUCCUGUGUUGAUCCGUGGUUGACUUGCCGUAAGGCUUGCUGCCCUUUAUGCAAGGCUGAUUACUAUAUUCCCAAAUCCCGCUCUGAUCCUUCUGUUCCGACAACAAAUACAGAGCGUGUAGAUCGCCGUACCGCUGGUCGGGUGCCGGCUGUCAACCCACCAGAAGCUGUGUUUAUAGGAGGGCGCGCGGGCGCUAGCCGGGCUAGGGUCCCAUUGGCAAAUCGUCAUCAUUCACCUGGAGGGUCUAAUCGGUCUCGCUCAGCAGUAUGGCCUUUUUGGCGUUGGCAAAGUUCACAUACUCGGGAUGCGGGGGUGCCGUUCGAAACACAGGCAAAUCAUCGGGGGCAGCGGGGUUGGCGACCGAGGCUGUUUUUCCCUCGUUCAUUCCAAUUCCCUACUUUUUCGCAUCCUAAUCAAAGAAAUGGCGCAACAGAGGACCACACGCCGGACGAGCUAGAAUCAGGCACUGUUGGCCAUACCGGAUCUUAGCAGAAUUCAGAGUAUACGAUCUAUGACACGUUCUGCCAUUAAUUUUAAUUAGUAAAUAUUGCCGUAUAAUUGACUACUAGGUAUGCAAGGCUGAUUAUGGUUAAUUGAUUCUAAUAGAAUUUUGAGUGAUGCAGGCAAGUGAUACCGUGAUUAUCUUAGUUAAUCUAUUAGUAGAGUUCUCAGUUGAUUGUGUUGGAACGAGGUACUAGAAGCAGUAAAAUUGGUCAAAAUUGCAUAAGUUAAAGAUUAAUUCUUCUAAUAAUGAUCUAUCUAUAUCAGAAG